UUUUGUCGUGACACUACUCCUAUAUCUACCAACCACCGCAACCACCUCCUAGGUGUACUCUGAAGCAGCAUUUGGAAGAGUUGCUUCCUCAGUUUUCUCUAAUCUUGUCGGAGUUUCUGCAAAUUUGUGUGGUUGUUCUUGUGCAGCUUCUUUCACUACGACUGUAGCUUUUUGAGGGGUCUGAAUCGUGGCUAAAUUAAAGGAGUACGUCAUGGGAGAGGAGGGGAGCCAGAAAGUUGAUGCACCCCGGAAAGAAAAUGACAGAGGAGGAGAAGAACAGGAAGCUCCAAACGACGUUGCUGAAGGGAAGGCUGUGAUGCCACCUCCUGACCAGAAGAUUGCUUCUCCUGUUAAAGAAAUUCCACCUUUUUCUGAUUUUGUUGAAACUUUCAUCAUGUCAGAGGUUGCAGAACCUACUGCUGAGAAAAUUUCAGGGGGUUUAGUCAACAGAGAUGAUGUGCUUGCAAAGAUUGCAAAUGAGAAAAGGUUGGCUUUAAUUAAGGCAUGGGAAGAAAGCGAAAAAACAAAAGCAGAGAACAAGGCAUAUAAAAAUCUAUCUGCCAUUGGAUCAUGGGAAAACACCAACAAAGCUUCAGUAGAGGCACAACUCAAGAAGAUUGAGGAAAAAUUCGAUCAAAAGAAGGCAAAAUAUGCUGAGAAAAAGAAAAACAAAGUGGCUGAGGUCCACAGGGCUGCUGAAGAAAAGAGGGCGGCAGUUGAAGCCACCCGAAGGAGAGAAUUUAUCAAGGUAGAGGAGACAGCUACAAAGUUCCGCACUACCGGAUACGUACCUAAGAAGUUACUUUCUUGCUUCAGCUACUAAGAUUAUCACGCAAAGAACUCAGAACAAAGAUUGAAGAGAAGUUCAUCGGAAUUGACUUUGCCCAUUUUCUUCUAUGUCUUGGUUUGUCAUUUGUAUUAUCUGCUAAUUUAAAGUUUGUCUCUUAAGUGUUCUUUGGUAUGUACGUGUGAAACGAAACUUCUAAUUGUGAGAACCGAAGUAAUUCCAGCGGAAAACAUUAUGUUCGCCAUGAAAAAAGGAUAUGUGUAGUCUUUUUAAGAGUCAUUAAUAUAUGUCUUUUGAAAAAUGGUUUUCUUGUCGAUUGCUAUAAAAAGAACUCUUUCAACUUUCA